GCUUUCUUUUUUCUUCAAGAUGAAAAGACCGCCUCUUUCGUUUCCCAAGAACUUACUGUUCAUAUCAAAUUUCUCAACUUUCCUCUUUGUAGUACAAAAAUUCCUGUUCGGUGUAGUUGCUUCUUCUUUUCUUUUAGAAAUCAAGAAAGUGGACUUUGAGUACCUAUUGAAAAAGAAAGAAAGUUAGAUCAGUCCUUUUGAUUAUUUUUUCUUUAGCAUUGACAGUACUGCUAGUAGCUUUUUCCUAGUACAUUAUUGUGUUAAGGAGACUUCUUUUGGGUGAUCAGAUGAUGGAAGGAAGUUCUUAUAUGAAAAAGAGAACGGUGUUUAUAGAUGAGUUCAUUGAUUUGGUCUUCUCAUGGUCUAUCCAAGAUAUUUUUGAUGAGACUCUAUAUGAAUAUCAGGUGAAGAAUAUUCCAGAAUCAUUUGAAUCAGUAGAUCAUUACCUCGGUUCAUUUUCUGUCCCUUUACUGGAAGAAACACGAGCAAGUUUAGCCGCUUCUUUGGAAGUCAUAGACAAAGCACCCUUUGGUGAAUUGAUCUCCUUCUAUGAAGUAAAACCAUAUGGAUCACUAUUUUUUGAUGUUAAGGUUGAUUAUUGGAGGAAUGUAUGUGGUGAUGGCAGGGAGCCUUAUCGAACAUUGCCUGGAGAUAUUGUCGUUAUCUCGGAUGCUAAACCUGAAACCGCUUCCGACCUGCAGCGGGCUGCUGUUGCUAAAGAUGCUAAUAAUCAAACGUUGCCUAUUGCUUGGGCUAUAGUGGAAUAUGAGAAUAAGAACACUUGGACAUGGUUUUUGAAAUUGUUGAUAGGCGAUUUGGGAAUGGGAGAUGGCAGAACUACUGCUUGUGAUAUCGACAUGCAAAAGGGGCUUCAAUCAGCUAUGAAAGAAUUGUUACCACCGGUGGAGCACGGGAUGUGUGCAAGACAUAUCCCCAAUCGGUCAAAAGAAUGGAGAGGUCUUCAAAGAAGGAACCAAUUAAGUGUGCAAAAAGCACCUUUGAAGGAGAGAUGA